GCUUUGCCGCUGCCCGAGCCAGAGUACAGGCCGAGGAAGCAAGCCCAGCACCCUCACCAACUAUACUGCAAAGACAAAGCAACACAGCAAGAACAGCUCCACUUAGUGAAUUUAACAGCCAACAAAACAAGCAACCAACAAAAGAUGCCAACAACUUUGAACUUAACUCCUUGAAGGUCUUCCCAACACUCACACAGCUCAUUGCCCAAGAUGCAACAUCCUCCAUACAGGGUCAUGUCUGGUAUGUCUGGUCACUGUGAUAAAAUAGUGUCAGGAGUUGAUGUAUGGAUGCUUAGAGAGCUGGGCUGCCGCUCAUUAGUUUGUUGUUUGGAAGAGCUGCCUGGCAAGAAAGAUCUGAUUAUUGAUGCAAGUUUGAUGAAGUUUCUGGAUCGUCUUUCACAAGCAGCCACUUUAAGAGAACAUGAUGUAGAAAAGAUCUUCCGUCUUGAGCAAGUUCCACCCUCAGGCCAGUGUGCCCAGCGCAUGUACAUGGUCCGAUCAAUUCCUGAUUCUGUGAAGUUUAUUGCAGAGCAUCUCAACCACCAUCAGCAAGAACUAAAACAAGAACAGCUUCAGUAUCAACAAAAAUCACAAAACCAGCAACAAAGCCAUAGGGUGCCUAUCAGCCGUAUCUUGGUGGUAUGUGUGCCAAGCAUAACUUAUUCUGUGGAGUGCCAGCUGGAAGAAGAAGGCUUAGCUGGUGGUGGCCUUGUGUCCUUGCAUUCCUUUUGCCCAGGAUUUGUUCCUUUGGAUGAUGAUUUGCUUACACUGGAGAUGCCAAAUUUUUUCAGGGAUGCUUUUGUGGAAGGGGACUUCAGCAGCUGUGCUGGUAUUGGCCAGUCAUUACACCUGCUGUGUAGUUUAUUUGGCGCUCCACAGCGCCUCUUGAGUCACGGCAGAGCUGCCCACGCUGUCAUCACUUCAUUCCAACGACUCAGAAGUGACAUUGACGAAUCUCACCAUUCUACAAAAACUAAAUCUCAGAUUGGCCACCUUUUCAUUUUGGACCGCGAUGCAGAUCUUGUGACGCCCCUCCUGACGCAGCUCACCUAUGAGGGCUCCAUUGAUGAGCACUACGGCAUCCACGCAGGAGUAGUUGAGCUGCCUGAGAACUUGAAUCCUGAUGCCAACAAGCCCAGUGCCUCAAAAAUUAUGCUCAAUUCCAAGGACUCGAUAUUUGCUUCGGUGCGUCAUAAACAUUUCGCUGGUGUGGCCGGAGUGUUGGUAAGACGAGCUAAGGAAAUUCAAACAAGGAAAGAAGAAUCAAAGAAGAUGACGCCCGCACAAAUGAAAGAGUUUGUUGCAUUUGAUCUGAAGCAGCUACAAGCGCAGCAGAACAGCAUUUCUCUGCAUUUGUCAAUCUGCGAGGCAAUCACGAAGGCAACUCGACGAGACUUUGAUGUUCAGCUAACAACUGAACACGGAUUGGUCACCGGUGCUACUGCUGCUAGUGAAGCCAAGACUUACUUUGAAGACUGUUGUGCUAGACAACUUCCUUUAUCUUCUUGCUUACGACUGCUCUGUUUACUUUCUCUGACUCAGAGCAAUGGCUUGUCAUUGAAGGAAUACGAAUCACUCACUUCGCAGUUAGUGGCUGCUUGUGGACACAAGCAUAUUCUUACCUUGUUUGACUUGAGACAGGUUGGACUGUUGAACGUGUCAGACUCGGCCUCGAUGGACCAACCACAGAGCAGCGCCAUGCGGGGACUGCGACAAGCCGCUUCUAACCUCAUGAGCAAAGGGCAAUUUGCUGCGUGGCGUUCACUAACAAAGUUUUUGAAACUUAUCCCUGAUGCUGAAGAGUUGAUUGAUCUUCACAAUCCUAGUCAUCUUAGCUACGUUUUCAAUGGUGCCUACACUCCCGCCAUCGUUCAGCUCGUGUCUCAGUGUCUGACUGAUGGCUUGCAGAGCAUAAGCGACGCACUUAAACUUAUCCCUGGGUCAACAACUUCGUUUGGCUGGUCUGGCGAUGCCACGCUGCUGCCUCCUGUUGUUGUUGUGCUCGUUUGUGGUGGUGUCACUUUUGCGGAACUGGCGGCCUUCCGAUUGCUGGGAUUGAGAACUGGGAAGAGAAUUAUUGUGGCUACCACUGGCACCACAUCGGGGAAUAAGCUUAUGAACAGCAUUGCAAAUGGCUCAUAACCCAGGAUCUUGGUUGAUGCAUUGAGUUUAAAUGUUUACUUCAGAGUUGUAUAUUAUAUACCUACUGUGAUUGAAUGGCAUCUGAGUUACAGAAAUUAACGAUAUUAAUUCUAGUGCUGGAAUUACCGUAAUGUGCAAUUCUUGAAAUAUCAUAUGCGAAUCUAUUGGUUCUGAAAAGUGUUUUACAAGUGUUUUCCUCUAUCCCGAUGUGACCUAAGUGAUGAGACUAACUCAUUUCUCAUCGAUUGCUUCUUUUAACACCUCGGAAUUCUGGCCUCAUCAUUACUUGUUAUCUAUUAUCGGCUAGAAAUUUGUUUAUAAAUUUCCCGAAACUUCAUUGUUAUUCAUUUCAGCAGACACUCUCAUCCAUAAAUGGUUAUCAUGCCGUUUUGCUCUUAAAUUUCAAUAGUGUUUAUGCUUUAUGUAACUCCUGAUACGAAUAUAAAUUAAAAUAUUUUUCAAGUA